CGUUGCUUUGUAUAGACACACCAACAAUUACCGAAGAAAGACAAUGUUUAACUCCCCACUUCACUACACUUUCUUGAAAAAAAGCAAUGUCUGUUUCUGUUAAAAAGUUUACCUUUGCCAUUGAUAGAGGAGGAACCUUUACAGAUAUCUGGGCCAAAUGUCCUAGUGGGAAGGUUCGAGUUACAAAACUUUUAUCAGUAGACCCCAAAAACUACCCUGAUGCACCAAGAGAGGGUAUCAGAAGAAUAAUUGAACAGGAAUCUAGAACAAAGUUACCACCUAGUGAACUUAUUGAUUCUUCAGUAAUUGAAUGGAUCAGAAUGGGAACGACGGUUGCUACCAAUGCAUUACUUGAAAGAAAAGGUGAAAGAAUGGCACUGGCUAUCACAAAAGGUUACAAGGACCUGCUUCACAUAGGGAACCAAGCUAGACCCAAGAUAUUUGAUUUGGAAAUAGCCACCCCAAAUCAGUUGUAUGAAGAUGUGAUAGAGAUAGAAGAGAGAGUUGUGUUUCAUCAAGAUAUAUGUGAGAUAAAGAAACAAUGUCCUACAGUCACAGGUUCUACUGGAGAAAAGUUAGAAAUAUGGGAACAUGUUAACAUUACCAAGUUGAAAGAAGACCUACAAAUACUUCUGCAGAAAGGAAUAAAGAGCCUUGCAGUUGUUUUACUUCACUCAUAUAUGUUCUCAGACCAUGAACGCCAAGUAGGUCAGGUUGCCAUGGAGAUGGGAUUUACACACGUGUCAAUGUCAUCUGAUGUGAUGCCAAUGAUCAGAGUUGUUCCCAGGGGAUAUACAGCUUGUGCUGAUGCUUACCUGACACCUUGUAUUAAAGAAUAUGUUGCUGGAUUUUCUUCAGGGUUCCAUAAUAAUGUUAAGGACUCGAAAGUGUUGUUCAUGCAGUCUGAUGGUGGUUUGACUCCUAUGGAACUUUUUAAUGGUUCUCGUGCCAUAUUAUCAGGUCCUGCAGGAGGUGUUGUUGGCUAUGCAAUGACAACUUAUGAGGAUCAGCCUGUUAUAGGGUUUGACAUGGGAGGUACAUCAACAGAUGUUAGUAGAUAUGCUGGUGAAUAUGAGCAUGUUUUUGAAACAACUACAGCAGGAGUUACCAUACAGGCACCACAGUUGGAUAUUAACACUGUUGCUGCUGGAGGGGGGUCCAUGUUGAUAUUCAGGGCUGGGAUGUUUGUUGUUGGUCCAGAAUCUGCUGGGGCUGACCCUGGUCCAACAUGUUACAUGAAAGGUGGUCCUCUGACUAUCACUGAUGCUAACUUGUGUCUGAACAGACUUUUGCCAGAUCACUUCCCUAAAAUAUUUGGUAAAACACAGGACCAGCCACUAGACACUAAGACCACAAUGGCUGCCUUUGAUAAAUUGACAAAAGAGGUUAACACAUUCUUAGCAAGCCAGCCUGGAACAGUUCAUCAAGAAUCAAUGUCUAAUCAAGAAGUUGCCAUGGGUUUUGUCAGAGUAGCCAAUGAAACUAUGUGUAGACCUAUAAGAGCACUAACACAGGCCAAAGGACAUGACACAGCGCGCCAUGUUUUAGCAUGUUUCGGUGGAGCUGGUGGACAACAUGCAUGUGCUAUAGCCAGGUCUUUAGGGAUGACACAGGUCUUUGUUCACAGGUUUGCAGGAAUUCUGUCAGCGUAUGGAAUGGCAUUAGCUGAUGUAGUGCAUGAAGAACAAGAGCCUUGUGCUAAAGUUUAUAAGAAUGAAUCAUUCAAAUAUUUAGAAGAAAGAAUUUCAGUACUCAUCUCAAAGUGCAAUCAAGAACUGUUAACACAAGGAUUUGCAAGCAAUCAGAUUGCUCAUACAGUUUUCCUGCACAUGAGGUAUGAUAGGACUGACUGUGCACUCAUGGUAACAUCAAAGCCUUCUCCUGCUAGUGCAUUUUCUCAUGGAGAUUUUCUAGCAGCUUUUCAAAAUAGGUACAACACAGAGUUUGGAUUUACUUUACCAGACCGACCAAUCAUUGUAGAUGAUAUUAGAAUUAGAGGUGUUGGUAAAGCUGUGCAUGAAACCGAACAGCUGAUAGAAAAGGCUGAUGGUCCUCCAAACCAUGAAACAAUAACACAAUGUUACUUUGAGGGAGGAUUUCAGGAUACACAUGUUUAUAUAUUAUCAGAUCUGAGAGCAGGUCAUGUAAUUCCAGGUCCAGCUAUCAUCAUGAAUGAUACAAGCACUAUUCUAGUUGAACCAUGUUGUCAAGCAGUGAUCACUAAACAUGGAAAUAUCAAAAUCACGGUAGGAACUGGAACAGUCCAGAAGGUUGGAACAGAUUUAGAUGCUAUCCAGCUAUCUAUAUUCUCACAUAGAUUCAUGAGCAUAGCUGAACAAAUGGGCAGAGUUUUACAGAGAACUUCUAUAUCUACAAAUAUUAAGGAAAGGUUAGAUUUUUCUUGUGCAAUGUUUGGGCCAGAUGGUGGACUUGUUGCCAAUGCCCCACAUAUACCUGUGCAUCUGGGUGCUAUGCAGGAAACUGUGCAAUAUCAGAUGCGACAACUUAGAGAUAAGAUGAGGCCAGGUGAUGUUAUACUGUCCAAUCAUCCACAAGCUGGUGGCAGCCAUUUACCAGAUUUGACUGUGAUCACUCCUGUUUUCUACAAGUCAGAAGAAAAGGCAGUAUUUUUUGUGGCAAGUCGUGGCCAUCAUGCUGAUAUAGGUGGCAUAACACCUGGGUCAAUGCCACCUCAUUCUAAAUCAAUACAUGAAGAGGGAGCUGUUUUUAAAUCAUUUGAACUUGUGAAAAAUGGAGUGUUUCAAGAAAAAGCUGUGACUGAUGCAUUGAAUGCACCUGGACAUAUUCCUGGUAGUAGUGGAACACGUAAUCUUCAUGAUAAUUUAAGUGAUCUUAAAGCGCAGGUAGCAGCCAAUCAAAAGGGUAUAAGACUUAUCAAUUCUUUGAUAGAUGAAUAUGGGCUAAAUGUAGUGCAGGCUUAUAUGAAGCAUAUUCAGCAUAAUGCUGAAAUAGCUGUACAGGAAAUGUUAAGAGAAAUUGCAAAAGAUACCAGAAGUAAAACAGGAAGUACCAGUCUGAUGGCAGAAGAUAGCAUGGAUGAUGGUGCCAAAAUUGCUAUCAGGGUGGAUAUUGAUGAGGAAAAGGGUACAGCAAUUGUAGAUUUUACUGGCUCAUCAUAUGAAGUUCAUGGAAACUGUAAUGCACCAAGGGCAGUAACUCUGUCAGCUUUAAUAUACUGUCUACGUUGUAUGGUUGGUCAUGAUGUUCCACUUAAUCAGGGUUGUUUAAAACCAGUUACUACCAUUAUACCAAAAGGUAGUAUAUUAGAUCCUUCAGAAAAUGCUGCAGUUGUUGGAGGGAAUGUUUUGACAUCACAGAGGAUAGUAGAUGUCAUCUUCAAAGCAUUUGGCACUUGCUCCGCUUCCCAGGGUUGUAUGAACAACAUCACCUUUGGAGAUGACCAUUUUGGACAUUACGAGACAGUAGCUGGUGGAGCAGGGGCUGGUCCUACAUGGAAUGGAAGAGCAGGUGUACAUACACAUAUGACCAACACUAGAAUUACAGACCCAGAAAUACUAGAAAGGAGAUACCCUGUAAUAUUGAAGAGGUUCCAUUUGAACUCUGAUACUGGGGGCAGAGGUCAACAUCAUGGAGGUGAUGGGGUAACUAGAGAAUAUUUAUGGAGAAAAUCCUUGACCCUGUCUAUUUUAACUGAGAGAAGAGUCUUUCAACCUUAUGGACUGUUUGGUGGUGAACCAGGCUGUAGAGGUGAGAAUCUAAUGCUUUAUAAAGAUGGUAGAAUCGUUAGUCUGGGAUCCAAGACUUCAGUCCAUUGUGAUGCAGGGGAUGUGUUUUUACUGAAAACCCCCGGUGGUGGAGGUUUUGGUCCAGCUGAUCCCGAUGAACCCGAAGCAACCCACAGAGCAAAGAGACGAAAGUUUAAUACAGAAGUUAAAAUAAAGUUGUCCUCCUCUCAUGUUGGACGUGGAAGCGUGUUCGAUUAUAAAAGAGCACAAGAAUCUGCGUGAAGCAACUCCACAUUCGUCAUUCGGUUCAUCGAGCAUGCUCUAUCCACAUUCAUUUAAAUUAGAUUACAACGAAUACAUGAGCUGGUCAAUUGUAUUUCAUCGUGAAAAAAUUAUUUAAAUAUAUUUAAUAUGACGUCAAAAAUAGAAGAAUAGAUUUGAUGCAUCAAAACGGUUUUUACUGUAAAGUUUUUAAAUACGUUUGCAGCUAUCCUUUUUGUUUUGUAAAAAUUACUUUUGUAAAAAAUAUGAUUUUUUUUUCUAUGACGUAUACAUUUUUGUAGCAUCAUACACACCCCAGUAGACAAUAGACGCGUGGCUCAAUACAACACACAUGAAUGAUUAUGAAUUUAUCCAUGGUUAUCAUUUAAAUAUUAUUAUUAUUAUUAUAUGGGCGAUAGAAUAAAAGUAUGAAAUAUAUUUAGAUACUUUGAUUUGAUGGUUUAAGAAUAUAAUUUAUUCAUACCUCGCGCAUAUCAAUUAUUUUGUCAAGCUUUUUUAUAGCAUUGUUAAUAAAGAGAUUUUUAUCUGU